AUGCAAAAGCGAGAAGUUGCAAGUAUUGGGGUCAUAAUAGAAAGAGAAUUUCAAAGAUACAAACGUAAGGAAUGGGGAUUAGUCUUUGCUAUUGCCUAAAUAUGUUUCUAUCUCUACAUAUUGCCUGAGAUAGGCUAACGCACUUGGCCUAUUGUAUUAGAUUUGAUGAAAUAAUAUGAUUUAUAAAAAUGGCAGAUAGCUUUUAUAAAUACUUGCUUUUACAAUACAUUCUUAUACUUUUUCAUUAAUUUCUGCUUUUGGAUAAUAUAUCACAUUGAACAUCCAUUUUUUGAGCAAUAUAAAAUUUAUGAUGGAUAAUGGCCCUGGAAAGAAGACCUCAAUGAAUGGAAAGAACUUUUAAGAAAGAGCUAUACUGUUGUUGGUAUAAAUAAUUUUAUUGUGAUUCCCAUCGCCUAGAUGAUAGUGACUAUUAAAGAUGAUUAUCAAGUAAGAUACUCCUUUGAGAUGGAAGAUUUGCCUGACUGGAAGACUAUUCUCUGGUAAAUAUUAUUUAGCAUGUGGAUUCAAGAUUUUUUCUUCACUGCAAGCCAUUGGUUACUACACAAGCCCUUCUUUUAUAAGAAAAUCCAUAAACUUCAUCAUUAAUACAACCAGACUAUUGGAUUCAGCGCAGAGUAUACUCAUCCAUUUGAAUUUCUGUUUGGAAAUGCUAUUCCAUUCAUUAUUCCAGCAGUUAUUCUUGGACAAAGAAUGCAUUAUUAUACUUAUAUUAUUUGGGGAACUCACAGGAUCCUGAACACAGUGAUAUUGCAUUCAGGUUAUGAUUUUCCUUGGUUGCCUAAUGAUAUGUGCUUGUUUUACUCAAAUGCAUAGUAUCAUGACUAUCAUCAUAGCCAUAACGUAGGUAAUUUUGGAGGAAUGUUUAGCAUAUGGGAUACAUUGAUUGGAACUAAUCAUACAUACUACAAAUACAUUGAUGAGAGAAUUAACGUUAAAAACAAAUAGUAGAAAGCUGACUGA